GUUCCUAGACGCCAUUUCGUAUUCAUCGGAUGCCAGUUUUCAACGACGUUGAAGGUAUUUGAGAUGUCCUUUCAGUAAGGCUUCCUGGUAAAGCCUUUCGUUUGAUUGUGUGCGGCGGUUAACGAGAAUCGGUCACAUUUCGCGACGUUCAGCAGACAGAGUAGCAACAUGGUGAAGAUCUUUGUUGGAAACCUGUCCCAGGAGACCACAGCUGAUGAGCUGAGAGCCCUCUUUACUCAGUAUGGGAAGGUUUCGGAGUGUGACAUCGUCAAAAACUAUGGCUUUGUGCACAUGGACGAGAAGACCGAGGCGGACGAAGCCAUACGCAACCUGCAUCAUUAUGAGCUUCACGGCCAGCCGAUGAACGUGGAGAUCAGCCGCGGUAAAGUCAAAGCCUCCACCAAGCUGCACGUGGGCAACAUCAACAGCACCUGCACCAACCAGGAGCUGCGGGCCAAGUUCGAGGAGUACGGGCCUGUAGUGGAGUGCGACAUUGUGAAAGAUUAUGCCUUUGUGCAUAUGGAGCGGGUGGAGGAUGCCAUGGAGGCCAUCAAUGGGCUAGACAACACCGCCUUCCAAGGCAAACUGAUGAGCGUGAAGCUAUCGACUAGCCGUCUGCGUACAGCGCCGGGAAUGGGAGAGCGGACGGGUUGUUAUCGGUGCGGGCAGGAAGGCCACUGGUCCAAAGAGUGCCCCAUGGACCAGAACGGCUCCUUUGGAGAGGGUCCCAUGGGACCCAGUGCCAACGGAUUUGGUCCUCCCCGGUUCGGUGGGGGCGGUCGCGGCCGAGGUUUCCACCGAGGCUUCACCGGAGACCCUGGCUUCAGUGGCGGCUAUGGCCCUGCGCAAGGCUUCGCGAGAGGGGGUGGCUUCGGAGGCGGUGGACCCGGCUACGGCAGGGGCAUGGGCUACGACGGUGCCGUGAGUUAUGGGCCGCCGGCGGGCUACAACUUCGGCGGUGACCGUAGUACCGUUCAGACAUACGGCGGCGAGGCUGUUUACGGAAACAGCGCGAGCUAUGGGGCGGUGCCUGCCUACCCUGUGCGGCACGCCGGCUACGAAGAGAGAGAUCCAUAUGGCGUUGUGGACUUUUACGAGAAGUAUCGUGCCCGUCCGUACGCUGCCAACUAUUAUGAGGAGCGUCGUGGCAACGCCAUGCCCAUCCCGUCCCCCAUCCCUCCUGCCUCGGGGGCUGUUGCGAGGGAUCGCAUGUCCACCAACACCAUUGAUCCCUUUGAGCAGCGCCCCCUUCCUACAACGGCCCCCGUGUCUUCCUACUUCCCACGAGAUCGAAGUCCCAUCCGGCGAGUACCUCCUGCGGCCGAGGGCUACUCGUAUGAGCGCUCGCGACUCUCGCCGACAUCCUCGCUCAACAGAAGCUCCGUGUACGACGUAUCGCGGGCCAGGGACCCCUAUGACCAGUCGCGCUAUGCUUAUUAACCCGCAUAUCACCAGGUGAGACCUUGACUUGUAGCGGCCCGGCUAUAGUCAUAAUGUUUUGUAUUCAAUGAAUUCUUUUUUAUUUAGCUACCAAAUAAUAUUCAAUAGAUUAAACUGUUGGACGUUAGCAGCCAAAGAAAUAAUUCAUAAUUUGGCUAAUUUCUGAGCUGAAGUAAGUAAAAUGAGCUGCCUAGCUAGCAGUCUUAAUUUUAUGGUCGUCUUCGGCUACUUGCGUUCUGGGGUACUGUCAAGUGUUGACCCCUCGGGCCCCCCCCCCGGGUAACAGGUAUUUUGUUGGGGCCUGAUCAUACUCAAGUAGCACAUAGGGAGUGUAAUAUGCAGCUCUAUCCCAGCUCAGCCUUUGGCUUGACCGGAGCAGACAGUAUGUUGGACAUGUUGGUGGUGGAGCAGAAUGGAUUGCUUGUGGUGUAAUAUGAUGUGCUCUUUUUCCAGGUGUUUCUGUGCCGCGGUUCCACAGACGUGCGCUCAUUCGUGGCUUUGUUUCGCCUCGCAGUGCCGUUCAACUACAGUGAAAUCGGGACGUGCUAAAUGUUUGUCUUGUUUGUAUCAGUUGACCAACUUUUUCAAAAACCUUUCUUUGAACCCUUUUUUUUUCCUUUUUUUUUAAGAUUUGGAUAUGUCCUCUUAGAUCUUUUACCCAAAAACCUUUGUGUAUAACAGCUUCACAUUAUUUGAUGCGAGCUUUAUUUUCAGUGUUAACUUUUCUAGCUCUUGUCUAAUGUGCUUUUCUUUUCCUACAGAAGACUGCAUACAGUGAUCUUUGUCACAUUUUGGAAGUCAAUAGGACUUAGUUGGAUUUUUUUUAAAUAGUCUGGUUGAGCGCUUGCAUAUCUUAGUAUGCGUUCCACUAGGCAAUGUUAGUAAAUAGGAUUUGAGCUGUUAUUAGCAACAUUAAAGCUAUUUGCGUUUAAGCUCACUGUGGUGUGAUGGAGUUCCUGACUGAGAACCUCUGUUCUCCGCUUGCAGUAAUUAACCAGACAUAUAAACAUCACUAAUAAACAAUGACACAUUUGUUAGCUUGCUUGAAUACAUUUAAGUAUUACUAGUCUAGUACUCCUCUCCCUGCCCUGAUUCCAUACUAGUUAAAGGCCCCUUUCAAAAACAAGUCACGUAUGCAUCUUGACAUCGAUAUAAAGAACUUUAAGUAGUUUUGGCAUCUUUAAUAACUGGACUUCACCUACUUGGUACACUAGCAGGGACAGUCACAUGAUUACUUAACCUCCCCCUUCUGCAAAUGACAUGUAAAUAUCCCAUCACCGUGUCAGUCAGAAAGGAGCAUGGGAUAUUUAUUCAUAGCGCAGUGUAUUCUGUGGAUCUCUGUAAUUUUUUUAGCUUGGUUUUCAGACCGUGUGAAGUUUUUCUUUAGGGCUGUGGUAAUAUUUUGAAGCUUCAUAUGUGUUAGUGUUUGCAAGUAGGGAGUGGCCAAGACCUCCAAAACGAGUCUUCAGUCUUGAAAUGUACUGCGUGAGCAAGCAACAUCCAUCCUUUGUUUUCAUUUUCACUGUUGGUUGCGUUUCAUUUUCAAUUUUAUUCAAGCAAAUCAUUUACCAUUUGCCUCAAAGGUGACAUUUAUUGUACAGGUUCACUAGAGAACACCAACAGUUGCAGUUUGUACAUGUGAAUUAAACUGAUACACGCAGUUUUGUUUUGCAAGACAUUAAAUUGGUUUAAGAGGAGGCCACAAUUCAUGUCAUUUAAACAUUAUGCUUUGUGAGGUCACUGUUUAAAAUCUUUUUUCUUUGGUCACAGAUGAACUGAGGAACUGUUCAAAUUAGUCAUUUCUGUAACCCUUUACUUUUCUCAAUAAAAUAAAGUAAAAUCAAAGUUG